UCACCGCCCCCUCUCGCUUCCUCUCGUUGAGUUCUCCAGGAGGGCCACUCUCACAGUCCCUCCUCGCACACCCAGGACAGACAGGCAGGCAAGCAGGCAGGCAGGCAGGCGCACGGACACAGGGACCCCAGCGACGACUACCAUCACUACCGCUAUGGCUGCACGGGACACCAGCUCUCUGCUCGUCGUUGGACUUCUACUCUUCUUUCACACCUGGGGAGCAUGGGCCAUCGCAGAGGUGAACAUGGAGGACAGAGUGGAUGUGAGGCUGGAUGACACUGCACAGAUCAACUGCAUGUUCUCUACAGAAGAUGGACUUGGGGGAACCAUUAUUCAGUGGUUUUAUGUGACGCGGACGGGAGAGAAGCAGCGGAUCUACUACCUAGAGAGUGGCUUGAGCUACCCAGAGAAAGGAACGCCCUUCUCAGACAGGAUCAGUGUGAAUGGGACUGGGGCUACUGAAGGGGUGGUGCUAACUAUCAACAAAGUUCAGUUAAAAGACGAAUUAGAAUUCAUUUGUUAUGUCAAAAGUCUCACUGACGGCACCGCAGAGGGGAGGACUAAGCUCAGAGUCUUCCAAACCCCAGCCACGCCCACCAUUGUAGGAGUACAAAAAGGGAUCUCCAUCCAGGAAGAGUCUAUGUCGAAAAUCGGGACCUGUGAAGUCACCAAUGGCUAUCCGAAGCCAAAUAUCACAUGGUACAAAGACAACACACCAAUGCGCAGCAUUCCCGGGGAAGUUAAUGUUUUGCCUAGCAUCACAAUCGAGUCCACUGGGUUGUACUCAGUGAAAAGUGAAUUGGCCAUGAAGGUUGUGAAAGAGGAUGCAGAUGCCCACUUCUAUUGUGAGGUUACGUACUUUGCUCCUGGGGAGGAGACUAUGAUGGUCGAGACCAGCCCUAUCAACAUUACGGUGUACUAUCCACACACAGAUAUAAUUAUGUGGGUAGAGUCACCAAAAGGUAAAAUCAAGGAGGGCGACAAUGUGGUGAUCCAGUGUUCUGGUAAUGGCAAUAAUCCAUACACCACCUUCUCUAUAAAGGGCGGGGAGAAUUUAUCAGCAGAUACCAGUGAAUUAGUGGUUGAAAACAUCACCCGCCUGGACUCAGGGAAGUACGAAUGUUUUGCUCUGGACAUGGAAAGCUUUGAAGAAAUCAGUACAAACAUUACAGUAUUUGUCAACUAUCUAGAGGAUGUUGUGAUUAAGCCUGGGAAAAUCAUGGAGGUGCCUCAAGGAGAUGAAAGGGAGGCAACAUGCAAUGCCCUGUCCUCUUUGCCCACGCAAACAGCCUGGUUUAAGAAUGGGGAGGAGGUUGUGAAAGGUCACACUUUGGCCUUAAAGGAUGCUACAUUCGACACUGCUGGGACUUAUGUGUGCGUAGUGACUGCAGAAGAGGUGGAGGGACUGGAGAGGAGCGGGACAAUGCGAGUUUACAUUGAGGGCCAACCUGUGAUCCUGACUCCAGACAUUACUGAAAUGGAGGAGAGUCCGGAAAAGACAGUGGAUCUCAACUGCUAUGUCCAAGGAUACCCUUACCCCACUGUCACCUGGUCCACUUCAGAGGGAAAGAUCCUGCCUGCAACUUCAGAAACAGAGACCGACGAUGGGGUCAUCAGUACGGCCAGUGUCAAGGUAACGGGUGACAUCAUUGUCUUCUGCAACGCCACCAACUCUUUAGGAGAGGACUCUGUGACCUUCAACAUCAAAGCUAUCACACACACCACACCAGAAACCAAUAGCCCCACCAUAAUCCCCUCCACCACCGUUACUACUGAUUCUUCAGUCAAACUCCAAACAGUUUCUCCAAACCAACUCAAGAAAGAGGGCAGUGGUGUUAUCAUUGCAGUCAUCAUCAUAUGUAUCCUGCUGCUGGCCAUUUUGGGCAGUGUACUCUACUUCCUUUACAAAAAGGGCAAGAUAUGUGGCCGAUCAGGCAAACAAGACCUAAGUAAAGGAAAGGCUGGUAAAGACAACAUUGUUGUGGAGAUGAAGAGUGACAACACAGAGGAAGCAGUGCUUCUUGGUGUGAAUGGAGAGAAGCAACUUCCCAGUGAUCAGUGAAGAGUGCCCUGUAUUGUGAGGGGGAGGAGGGGCAGUAGGUGACAACUGCUACCUCGUCUCCUUCUCUCAGGCUCAGAUGAGAUGACUCUGCCUUCUGCUUCUACCGGACCUCCUUUUACUCAGUGAUGUGAUCAAAAAAAGCCCUAGCUGUUCACUGGAGCUCCUUGGACUUGCUGCCCUUUACAGCUUGGCACAUUUUUGUUCAAAUAGCACAAGUGUUUAUGAUACCCUGGACUGCCUGCGAACUGAUUGUCUAUAGAUUAUAGAUUAUAGCACGGAUAUUUUUUUCUACCCCUAUGGCAUCACCUCAGGCAAAGCAAUCGCCAAAGAGCAGCUAAAAAGCUCUUAUUGUGUAUAUAUGAAAUCUUAUGUAUAUAUUUCUUUAUUUAAACAUAUAAAUAAAAAGACAAAAAGAUAAGAACAGUUUAGGAUGAUUUGGUGCGAUUUGUAGAGCCUAAACAGUUUUUGGUUUUGAUCCUUUUUGACUAACUGUUUGUUGUGCCCAAGUCUGAACACUGAAAUGUUACAGCUUUACUGAAAGCUCAACAGGAAAACCAGCUCUAGCCUUUUCAGCCAACACCAAAGACUUAAGACUUUUAGACUCUAGGUUACCUAAUAAGUUUGAUUUUUCACUGUAGUUUGGAUCAUUUGAUUUGCAUUAUAUUGUAAAGGUGAAGCUUAAGACACAUUUAAACUGUUUUAUUUAGUGUUGGAGCACUGAUAUCUGUUGUGUUAAUGUGAAUACUUAGUUCCACUGAUUUUAAAAUACUGUUCUGGAUUAUUGAUUCACAAAAUGACGCCACCAUCCUCACAGCUUUCAUUCUGCUACAUGGUUUUGAAUUGAACUUGAAAUUGUUUGAAGGACAUUCCCCUCAGACUUGAUGCCUUAUAGUAACAACUCUUCCUCAUUUCUUUUUACUGUUACACUGAGAUUCAGUGGAGAACUACUGAGGAGGGGAAUGACUGUGACGCCAUGCAAUUCAAGUUGGACAAUCAAUGACACAUCACAUGUAUUUAAACUAGCGCUGUACAUCAUUUUAAAAUCGACGAUUACUGCUUUGAUCAUGUAAAUUGUUUUAACUUAUGACUUUAAAACCAAAGAACCAACAAAAGCAUUUGUAAUUUACAAAAUAAAAACUAUUUGAAUGUAAUAA